CUUUUUUGUCUUGCAUUCAUUCAACCACCUCUCGUUAUUUGCAUCAUUGAUCACGUUUCUCAUGUAGUCUCAGUGUUUUCAACUUACAUGACUUUGCCCACCAGCUGUUCGCCAAAAUUACCAAACCAGUGUUCGUUUAACUCACAUAAAACGUUUCUUCUUUCUUUCUCUUCGUUCCAGUUUCCAGUAUCGAAGUCAGAAUUUGGUUUGAUCAUGGACCGUUGGUCCGGCGUAUUGAAGAUUCCGUUGGAUGCUACUUCUGUCAACUACUACAGAGUUGCAGCAUCUCUUUGCCUUUCUUCUUCUUCCUCCAAAGCAUUAGUUGCGCCUUGUGCAAAUGCGAUAUUCUUUCACGGGGACAUGGUUCGAGAGACUGGGAAUCAUGUGAUCGAGAGGCUCUACGAUUUGCAGAAAGUAGCUGAGAUUAUAGUUUCUAAAUUCGGCAACUCUGUUAAUGCUUGGGUUGUUGAGGCUUCUCUGUAUAAUGGACCGUUUGCCAUAUACAAGGACUUUGUUCCAUCAGUGAACCGGUUUGGAGAACCAAAAGCAUAUUCCCCAUUUGGCUUCCCAGCUUCUUCAUCCAUCGUCUCCCUCUUAUCCAGUUUCCUUCAUGAGGCAGGUAAAGAAGUGAGUUUGGUAAACCAGCUUGCGUCAGGUCAUAACUGUCCCAGAACAAUCGCUCUUGGGUUUAGCAAAGGUGGAGUUGUGAUUAACCAGCUCUUGAGCGAGAUGAGUUCAUUGAGUACAGAUUCAGCGGAAACUUCUUCAUCUACAACUCAAGAAGAACACAGGAGCAAGCGUGAAGAUGUUCAGAUGAUUCCAGCAUCGAAAGAGAGCUUCCUCAGCAGCAUUUCUCAGGUCCAUUAUAUUGAUGUUGGACUGAACUCUCGUGGUGCUUACAUCACUGAUAAAAACGUCGUGCAGAGGAUCUCCCAACGGCUUGCAGGAGGAGAAGAGGCGGUACGCGUCGUCCUCCAUGGAACUCCGAGGCAGUGGUGUGAUGAGCAGCGUGGCUGGAUCCUCGAGGAAAAAGAUGAGCUGGUUCGGUUGAUCAAAUCCGAAGCUGAGAGCUCCGGUGGGAGACUAGAGGUCCAUGAAAGGUUGUAUUUUGCAGACAGACUUGCUGAUCUGCAGAUGCACUUUGAGAUCAUUGAUGUUAUGGAUGUCUCGUCAACAUGAUCGCGGCAUGAUGAUGAUGUUCCCUUUGUCAAGGUUUACAAUCUCCCAUGUUCUUUCUCAGAUAUAUUUAGUCAAACAACCGUUGCCUAGAUGAUGCAAUCAAGAGAACUAAUAAAGACAGAUUGUUGC